AUGGAACUCACUCUGAAAGCAAAUGAAGGACUGCAGACUAUGGAGGUUGAAAGGAUAAGGGGGCGGGCUCAGGAUAGGCUUAUGAACAAACUAGCAGCAGCAAGGCACAAGGCUGAAGAGAAGCGAGCAGCAGUAGAAGCCAAGAGAAACAGGCGAGCUGCAAAAACUGAGCAACAAGCAGAUUAUAUUCGUAGAACUGGUCGUGUGCCUGCCUCAUUCACCUUCUGCGGUUGGUGUAGUUGA